AUGUCGCUGCGGAUACGCAAGCGCCUGGUCGCCACCACGGCCAUGCAGGCCGCCUGCCUGAAAGCGGCCGCCAACAUCACCGCCCAGGUCGCCACCAUCUGGAAGCUGGGGCCGGGCCCCGGACACCCGGCCGCGCUGGACUGGGGCCGCGUCGCCGAGUUCUCCUUCUACGGCUUCGUCAGCGCUGGUCUCGGCUUCCCCUGGCAACACUGGCUUGAGUACCACUUCCCAACAAAGACCACGCCCGCCGCCGCCGCCACCCACGGCGCCGCCGUCGGCAGCUGGAUCAAGGGGGUGCCGGGUCAACAGCCACAGCCUCAGGUCCACGACGGCCACGACCCGGAUGACCCAGAAAAAAAGCAACCCCCGUCUGCCCGGGGACGGCCCCCACCGUCGCCAGAUGUGCAGCAGCAACCGAGCGCCCAAGCCCCGCUAACGCCUGGGAGCGGCGGGGUGGCCUCAAGCUCGGCCACCGCGAGCAUCAGCUGGCUAAACGUCACCUACAAGCUCGUGCUCGACCAAACGCUAUGGCUGCUCUUUACCACCACCAUCUUCCUCAUCUUCACAAACGUGCUACGGGUGCCAUCUGGCGAAGUAUUGUUCCAGGUCUGGAAGGAGAAAACUUGGUACAUUAUCAAAGCUGCCUGGCACGUCUGGCCCCUGGUCGCGAUUUGCAACUUUGCCUUCGUGCCCGUCGACUACCGCGUGCUCGUCGCCGCCUGUGUCGGCUUCGCAUGGAACGUUUUUCUAAGCCUCAUUACCAUGUCAAACGGCUAAAAGGAACACACGAUCAUCUUGCUUCAUAAUUCCCUCCCAUUUCACUCGCGAGCACUCGCCGUCUCCUAGCCGUGUCGUCCUUUCCUCUUGUAGCGGUGCCUGCUUGCGGAUUUAGCUGUCUUAGCACAUUACCUAGCGACCUGCCUACCUACCUAGAUACCUGAAUAGAUUUCUUAUGAACAUACCUCGCAAAAGCUUCAUC